CGCGCAGUGAUACGCGGUGCUUGCGCGGAGGAGUGAGGCGGCCCGCGACACACUGACGCCAGGCGAAAGCAGAUCCGGUCGGCUCGGGUGAACGCGUCGUGCUCAGGGAGGAGGCGCAGGAGGUCAGCUGGAUAUCCGGGUCCAUUAUUGGCACCGUUUCCUGCUCUGCUGGCGUUUCUGUUUGUGUGAGGCCUUACUGACGUUCAGUGUCUGCGAAAAAACAAGAAACCACUCAGGACCCGGGUCGUUUGGUGUGCUUGUCCCCGCAGAAUGAACGUCACGUCACUGUUUUCCUUCACCAGCCCGGCGGUGAAGCGCCUCCUGGGCUGGAAGCAGGGCGACGAGGAGGAGAAGUGGGCCGAGAAGGCUGUGGACGCGCUUGUCAAGAAGCUGAAGAAGAAGAAGGGUGCCAUGGAGGAGCUGGAACGCGCACUCAGCUGCCCCGGCCAGCCCAGCAGCUGCGUGACCAUCCCACGCUCGCUGGACGGACGACUGCAGGUGUCGCAUCGUAAAGGGUUGCCUCAUGUCAUCUACUGCCGCGUGUGGCGCUGGCCUGACCUGCAGUCACACCACGAGCUCAAAGCACUCGAGUGCUGCCAGUUUCCCUUUGGAUCCAAGCAGAAGGAUGUGUGCAUUAACCCGUACCACUACAAGAGGGUGGACAGUCCAGUUCUGCCACCGGUUCUGGUGCCUCGGAACAGCGAGUUCAACGCCAAGCUGUCCAUGCUGCCACGCUUCCGCAACCCGCUGCACCAGACGGAGCCACACAUGCCCCACAACAUUAAAUACCCGGAAUCAUUCACCCAGCAGCCGGGCAACAGCUUACCAUUCGGCCCCAACUCGCCCUCCAACAGCUACCCCGGCUCACCCAACAGCGGCACGGCGAGCAACGCCACCUUCCCACACUCACCAAGCAGCUCUGAGCCCAGCAGCCCCUUCCAGAUGCCAGAAACUCCACCACCUGCAUAUAUGCCCCCUGAGGAGCCAAUGACACAGGACUGUCCCCAGCCAAUGGACACCAACCUGCUGGCCCCCAACCUGCCUGUAGAUAUCAACAACCGGACAGAUGUGCAUUCGGUGGCCUAUCAAGAACCCAAGCACUGGUGCUCCAUCGUAUACUACGAGCUGAAUAACCGGGUUGGAGAAGCCUUCCUGGCAUCCUCGACCAGCGUCCUGGUGGAUGGCUUCACUGACCCGUCUAACAAUCGCAACCGCUUCUGCCUGGGCCUGCUGUCCAACGUCAACCGCAACUCCACCAUCGAGAACACACGCCGGCACAUCGGCAAAGGUGUGCACUUGUACUACGUAGGAGGCGAGGUGUAUGCUGAGUGCCUGAGUGACAGCAGCAUCUUCGUCCAGAGCCGCAACUGCAACUACCACCACGGCUUCCACCCCACCACCGUGUGCAAGAUCCCGAGCGGCUGCAGCCUCAAGAUCUUCAACAACCAGGAGUUCGCCGAGCUGCUCGCCCAAUCCGUCAACCACGGCUUCGAAGCCGUCUACGAGCUCACCAAGAUGUGCACUAUUCGCAUGAGCUUUGUCAAGGGCUGGGGAGCUGAAUACCAUCGUCAGGACGUGACCAGCACCCCCUGCUGGAUCGAGAUCCACCUCCACGGACCGCUGCAGUGGCUGGACAAGGUUCUCACGCAGAUGGGCUCUCCUCACAACCCCAUCUCCUCCGUGUCCUAAAAACUCCAGCUCCUGGUUUCCGUGGAGACGUGCGGGCGGAGAGGGGAGGGAGUGGGGUUAAUGAUGGGGUUAUGGGGCGGGGCAGUUGGAUAUGAUUUGACUGGCAGCGGGCAAAGUCCUCAGUCAGUGAACAUCUGGAAGAUACUUGAUAACUCUGUGUGACCAAUCGCAUUCAUUGAUGAGGCCAUCGUACUCGUUGCAAGUAUCCUCCUUCGGUCUUGUGACAGCAGGCGCUUUCCUAUUUCACAUUUUCUCCUUUCUUUUCUUUUUUUGUUUGCAAAAUACGUCAGUAUUCCAUUGAAGGGGGGGAUUUGUGUAGGUACAGUGAUUAUACAGUAGUGUGGUUAUGCGACACGACUGACCUGCUUAGAGAUAAAAAUGAGUAAAUAAUUGUAGACAUUAUGCGUCAGAUGAACUUUCUAGAAAGUGUCUGUGCUGUGUAGAACAGAAUGUAUUACAGUUUUUAUGCUCCUUUUUGUUUUUGCAAGAAAAUGUAGCAAAAAUGAGAAAAAAAUCUAGUGGGGGGAAAAACAGGAGAGGUGGAAGUGAAUAAUCAAAAAUGUUGUAAAGGGAAAACAAUAUGUGGAUUAAACGGCAUGAUGUUAGUAGAGUAGGAGCGCAUAGGCAGACUCGUGCUCUACUUUUAUUGCAUCCGACUGAUUUCAGAUGAUUUUAAAGGUAGUGUAAAAAGUAGAUGUGCUGAUUAUUAGAGGAAAUGCUGUGCAGUCUGUUUUUAUUAUUAUUUUCUUUUUUUUUCUUUUUUUUUUGCCAGUAUAAUUUUAACAGAUAAGAGUAAUACGUAUGGGAGAAGAGGCAAGCACUGUUUACCUAAUUCCUAAUGGCAAUGUGUCCCUUUAUCCUAAACAUUUAUAUUAAUGAACGAAAGACACUAAGUCCAUUCUCGUUUAUGAAAAUGAAAUCACGCUGAAGGACAGAGAACUCCAGCUUUCAUUCAUUGCUGUGUUGGUGUUUUGGAUUGAAUUAUUUUUUAACCCAGUGUUACUCGAUAUCACUCUCAGGGCCAGAUGCAGUACGUCAGGAGGCGCACACGGUGUGCCUGAAAUGAACCUUUCAUUCUCUAUGGCUGUAGCUUGUCACACAAAUUGCUCUUGGAAACCAUGUGCUCAGCGUGAAAGGCAGUUUAAAAUUCACUGGAAACGGAGUUCAGUACAUUACAAUACAAGUUCAUCAGCAAUGAAUGAAGUCAGUGAUGAAACUAGAUAAAUAAAUUAAAUAAAGAUUCAUAUGCUAGGAAUUAAUUUCAGAGUGGAUGAGAAUAUAUUCUGAAUAAGAUCACAGCAUGAUCUGUGCAAUUAAAUUGAAAAAUGGGUGCCAGAGAGUUGUACUUAAUAUGUUAGUGUUAGAGAAAAAAAGACAUCUUCUGUUUUAAAACCAGAUCUACCUGUCUUUUUUUCCUCCUCCUGCAGUAAACCUUCACUAAUUCUUCUGAUGUCACUUCAAAAUCCCUGAACUCUGAGUAUAGCUAGCUGACUAGUAGCUUUCAACCCGAAACAGGAAAAAUGCACGAUUCUGAUUGGUUAAGCCUGUUUUUCUCACCAUAGCAAAAGUUAGCCAAUAAAAUGUGAUUAAACAAACUAUGUUUGAUGUUUAAAUAUGGAACACUGACUUUGUUAACCUUUUAUGAACAUCAAUACAGUGCAAAACAAUGUUACUCGAAAAAUCAAACCCGAAAUCACCUGAAUGCUAAUUGUUUUUAAUGAACUAUGGACAGAAUAAGACUAAUGUGCAAUUAAGAUGUAUUCCAUUUUUCUUGUGGUCAAUUGUGGCUUUUAUAAUUUCAAAACAAUUGACAUUAUCACAGAUAUCCCGUUUAAUUUGUUGUUAGAUGUGAGGCAUGUUGAUGGACGUGUUCCUGACAUAGGUGCCAUGACCAGAUAUGCGUGACAAAAAAAAUCCCAAAUGGCAAGCAGUAUUAAAGAUUAAAGAUUAGAGAGUUGUCUGAAGAUCACGAGUUCGAAUCCCAACAAUUCCACAGACAUCAGGAGCCAAGAGAGCAAAAGUGGCCAUGCUCUCUGGGUGGGCGGGGCAUACUCUCUCUCACCUGUCAAUCAUAUCGACAGCAGCCAAUCGUGGGCGUCUGUGAACACGUAUGUGGAAGAGGGCAGACAGAGCUUUCUUAAAAAUAGGAGAAAAUCCAAAAAAUAUUGUAGAGUUUCUCUAAAUAGUUCUUUCACCAAGGUCCUAAAAUGAUCUCUUUUAUAAUUACACAUUUCAUCCUGAAAACGAUUUACGAGAAAGAAUUAAAACAACGCACAAAACAGCACACACAUGUACACACUAAUUUACACCUGAGCAAAGUCACACACAUCUGGCUGUUACUAAUUACCCAACAUUAGUACAUCAAACAGGAUAUGACAUUUCAGUUCAAUUCCAUUGUAUUUAUAUAGCGCUUUUAACAAUGGAUGUUGUCACACAAUACAGAUAAUCAGCUGCACUUCCUGUUUUUCAGCCUGUUUUUACACUUUUAACGUCAUUCUCCCUCGAACGCGUAUGUAUGAUGGUGAGAGUGUGUUUGCGUUUCCAUGUGCAUUGUGUUUUUAGGCUCAUACACCAGUUUCAUACAGAACAUGCUAGAUCUUUAGUGUAGCUUAAUUACCCGGAAAAAAAGAAAAAGGAGCUCACAGUUUAGUACAUCUGGCCUUCGGUCAAACCACCCGUGUGAGGUAAAUCAAGUGUGUUUGAAUAUUCAGUUCUUCAGGACGGACAGUUUUUGGUCUCAGCUCAGUGAUGGAGGCGACAGACUUGUGAUAGACUUGAAGACUUUAAUCAGCAGCUCCAUUUUCUUGGUCCGCAGAUUUAAUCUACAGGCCAGUUGGCUGAUUAGUACUUCUGGAUCUAAUCUGUUUCACAAUGCAGAGAAAGGGAUUGUGGGUAAACGUUGAGCCGUAUCACACCAAUUUGUCAUUGAUUAUUUUCCUAUAACAGCACUUGGCUGUUGCACUUAGUAUUGUUUUCCUAUAAAAGCCAUAGUGUUUUAUUCCUCUUAUACCACAGCAGUUAACAUUUUUAUGAAGUAAAGCUUGACACAUCAUACUUUUUAUUCAUUUAUAGUUACGUCUAUUGUCUGUGAGACAAGUUAGUUCCUGGGAUCACUUACAUUUUAGCAGCUAUAUACAGUUGUUCCUUCACCAGCCUCUCUUUUUUCUCUCUCUUGGAGUUAAUCUGUGAUGUGGCGCUCUGGUAUAAACACUGUUAAGAUUUUCUUUUUUAAUGAACAUAAGAACUCGUAAACCAGAAGCAGCUCAGAUCAAACAUGAUGAAAACUUGCUUGGUGGAAAAUCUAGUCAGCUUGGAUGAAGAAGAAAUGUUUGUGUUAGAGAUAUAAGGCAACGUGAGACACAUUUCAGGGUAACAUCGACACAUCCUCACAUACAGCGUCUUUUUCACAUCCAGCCGUUGUUUCUGUUUUAGUGAAACAUCGUUGUUUUGUUCUUUCAUCAUUUCGUUUUGCUGAUAACUAUGCAAACGUCUAAUGCUCACAGAUACCAAAAUGCAGAAGUAUAAAUCUUGCUGAACUUUCACUGCAUAUAAAGUAAACAUUUCUUUAUUUCGGUAGACCCUUUAUCCUGGGAUUUGACCUCACAGCCUUCUGAUCGCUAGCACACAGCAUUAACCGCUGAGCUGCUUUACUGCCACUUCUCUCCUUCAGUACAAAAGCAAAUCGCCGUGAAUUCCCAUGAACUCCUGCCAUGAAUUUGGAAAUUUUAGUCCAAGCCAAAAGCAGUGUAGCAUUAUAACCCACUGAGACCUUAAUGAUUAUCACUUCCUGUAAGGUAAGAUCUAGAAUUGAGAUUUUAACCCUAUGAUACUUUAAUACCCAAUUAUUGAUCAUUAAAGCAGCAGUGCGUCUUGCCUGAGCAUUUUUAGCAUUUUAAAGUAAAAUAACUGAUUUUAUUCGGUUACUUUCUAAAUGGCACUAUUUGAUUUUUUUGUAAAAAGUUUAUAUUUGUGAUUACCUUUCAUUAAUUUUUUUUUUAUUCAAGAGAAAUCCCAUCCGCUCUUUUAAAUUGAAACUUUUGGUUGUUUUUUUGUAUUUUUUUAAAGAAAAUCUAUCGUCAUUCUGUCGUAUGUGCACUUUCAUAAGUGGCUUUGUGUCUUUGUUUUUGUCCUUUUUUGUGCUGUUGUUGCUGUGUAGUGUUUUCCAGAAAGCAGUUUUAGCCACGAAUAUCAAAACUCUACUGGAAGAUACAAUAAUAAAAUUGUUUCAAUA